GUAUGGAAGAUAGGCCCAAGCUGCUGAUACUAUACGCUACUCAAACAAGUAAUGCGUUGGACGCGGCGGAGCGUGUGGGCCGAGAAGCCGAGCGCCGGGGAUGCCCCGUCAAGCUUCUUUCUAUGGAUGAAUACGACGUCGAAACUUCAGUGGCUGCCCUAUUGGAGUUCUUGGGGGGCUUCCUCAAUGGAAUGUUAGCUUUGCUUAUACCCUACCUGAUUAAGACAUGGAGAUGCAGAUAAGAUUCUUUGGAACCUUUCCAAGAAAGGGAAGUUCACUGUUCUAUCUUUGCCUUGUGUGUCAGGAUGGCAACUCUUUUUCUUGGAGGAGUAUUUGGCAGACUAAGGUACCUCUAAUGGUAGAUUUUUUCCUUGGACGGCCUCUUUACAUGCCUGAUGGCUGCAAUUGUGAUUUGUAAAAUUCCAACUCUUGAGUGGUAUUAGCAAGCUGGGUGCUAUGCUUGGAGUUGCCUUUUCUUUUCUACUUGGAAGGAGAGUAAAAUCAUACAGAACCUGGUAUACAGAAAAGUUCCUUACCUCACGAAGACACUGUAAUUUUUGUUGUUUCUACCACAGGCCAGGGAGAUACACCAGAUUCCAUGAAGGUCUUUUGGAGGUUUCUUCUGCAGAGAAAUUUAAUUUGUUGCAAAGAAGCUUGACAAAAGACUGGCAGAUCUUGGGGCAGUGGCCGUUGUUGAAAAAGGUUUGGGAGAUGAUCAGCACCCUUCAGGGUACCCACCACAACGUAUCUGAUCCUUGGGGGCUUGGUUUCAUGGAGUACAAGAGUCUAAAGAGAUCCUCAAAGCCGUCAAUUUCCCAAUCUUGGGCCACCCUGGUAAAACUCACAUUCCAUUGGACUAGAUCACCAACUAUCCCUAUGGGAUCGGCCACUGAAGCCCUUGAUGCAACCCCCAAAGGAAGUCCGAGGUAUGAAGCUGCACUGGAUCCAUGGAUGUCAUCUCUAUGGAGUAUCUUGAAUAAAAUCAAUCCUAAAUUCUUCCCACAAGGUCCAUAUUUGGCGAUUCCAGAUAUGAAAUUGAUUGAUCAACCAAAAGUUCAGAUCACGUAUCAUGGUGAUGACAAUGUGGAUUCACAAUUUCCAACAAACCCAGAUUUAAAAUGGAUUGAGAUGCAAAUUGGGUGGGCUCGCUCAAUGUCUCCUGGAAAAUUUACUCAUGACAAGACUAGGCCCGGCUGCUUUCUGAAAAUGAUUAAAAAUCAACCGCUGACCAGAGCAGGAUGUGGUAAGGAUGUGCGCCACUUUGAGUUUGAAUUUGUUUCUUCUGCCAUUGAAUAUGUGGCUGGUGACAUCCUCGAGGUUCUCCCCGGUCAGGAUUCUGCUGCAGUGGAUGCUUUCAUACAGCGUUGUAGUUUGGACCCCGAUGCUUUGAUUACUGUUCAUCCUAGAGAGAAGGACAAUCACUUUCUUCAUACUUGUACAAUUGCCAAGGUCCCGAUAAAAUUAAAAACUUUCGUGGAAUUGACAAUGGAUGUUGCAUCAGCUUCUCCUCGUCGCUAUUUUUUUGAGGUCAUGAGUUAUUAUGCAACAGCUCCACAUGAAAAGGAAAGACUUCAAUAUUUUGCUUCACCUGAAGGAAGAGAUGAUCUGUACCAAUACAACCAGAAGGAACGAAGAACUGUUCUUGAGGUAUUAGAGGACUUCCCAUCUGUCGAAAUGCCAUUUGAAUGGCUAGUGCAGUUGGUUCCUCCAUUAAAAACAAGAGCUUUCUCCAUAUCUUCGUCCCCUUCAGCUCACCCCAAUCAAGUGCACCUAACUGUCGAUGUAGUGUCAUGGACAACACCUUUUAAAAGAAAGCGAAGUGGUCUGUGCUCAAUGUGGCUAGCCAAACUUCAUCCUGAACGAAGCAUUUAUGUUCCAGCAUGGUUUCAGAAAGGUACCCUUCAUCUGCCACCACCAUCACUUCCCCUCAUUCUUAUUGGACCUGGAACUGGUUGUGCACCUUUCCGUGGAUUUGUGGAGGAGAGAGCUAUACAAAGUGAAUCCAAUGCAACCGCUCCAGUUAUUUUCUUUUUUGGUUGCCGAAACGAGGAGAAUGACUUUCUAUACCGAGACUUUUGGUUGUCGCAUUCACAAGAGGGUGGAGUACUUUCGGAAGCUAAGGGUGGAGGUUUUUUUGUUGCUUUCUCAAGGGAUCAGCCGCAGAAGGUUUAUGUGCAGCAUAAGAUGCGGGAAAAUAGUCGGGCAAUAUGGAAAUUGCUGAGCAAGGGAGCUGCUGUCUAUGUUGCAGGUUCAUCCACCAAAAUGCCUUCUGACGUGUUGUCUGCCUUUGAGGAUAUUGUAUCCACGGAAGGUGGGCUUUCAAAGGAAUCUGCUAUGAGGUGGCUUAGGGCACUGGAAAAGGCUGGCAGCUACCAUGUUGAAGCUUGGUCUUGAGCCUGCUUUAUUCUUUGUCAUGGAAAAGUGAAAAAACCUGUUUUGCAGUGGAUUAUUAUGGAUUGAGGUUCAAGUGAAAUUUCUAACCGAUGUCUUUUGGCCAAGUAUACACCAGAAGCGAUUUGGGUAGAGGAGAUUUUUCCUCGAGAAAGCAUCUGUAAUAGUUGUAGAAUAUUGUACGAUAAGCUUAUAGAUAAUUUCUGAACGUUUGAAUCA